GAUGGAACCCACAUCCUCAUGGAUACUAGUGAGGUUCUUAACCCACUGAGCCACAAUGGGAACUCCCAGUCUAAGCAUUUUUACAUUCAACACUUCUUAGUUUUUCAGAUAGGGCACAGAUGGGCUAACUGUCCAAGGUCCCUUAAGUGUUCAGGGGAACUGGGAUUUGAACCCAGGCCAUGUGGCCAAGGGGAAGCCCAGGGAGAGGUGAUGAAUAGCCCAGGGUCACGCAGCCACAGCCUCAGAUCAAGGAAGGGCUGGCUCCCUUCCAGCCCAGGAAAAGCCAUGACACCUGACUCCUAACAAGUUGGGGGUGGAGUAGAGGUGGAGCUAGGGAGACCCAGGUGGCCUCUCUGAGAACCAGAGCACCAGAGGCGGCAGAGUGGCCUUGGGCAGCAUGAAGCAGAGCUGGGGACCGGGGCUGCUGAUCCUGGGAGCAGUGGUCCUCAUAGAGGGUCUUCAAGCAGCUCAGCGGGUGUGUGGGCAGCGUGGCCCUGGGCCCCCCGAGCCUCAGGAGGGCGACACGGUGCCUGGCGAGUGGCCGUGGCAGGCCAGUGUGAGGAGGCAGGGGCUCCACCUCUGCAGCGGAUCCCUGGUGGCAGACACCUGGGUCCUCACUGCAGCCCACUGCUUUGAACGGGAGGCAAUGACGGACUUGAACUCCUGGUCAGUUGUCCUGGGUUCCCUGCAGCAUGAAGGACUCAGCACAGGGGCUGAGGAGGUGGGGGUGACAGCUCUGCAGCUGCCCAGGGCCUACAACCACUACAGCCAGGGCGCAGACCUGGCCCUGCUCCAGCUUGCCCACCCGGUGGCCCACACACCCCUAUGCUUGCCCCAACCUGGCCAUCGCUUCCCCUUUGGGACCUCCUGCUGGGCCACUGGCUGGGAUCAGGACCCCAAGGAUGCUCCCAGGACCCUAAGGAAUCUGCGCCUGCGCCUAAUCAGCCGCCCCACGUGUAACUGUCUCUACGACCGCCUGCACCAGCGGCUGCUGGCCAGCCCGGCCCGGCCCGGGAUGCUGUGUGGGGGUCCCCAGCCUGGGGUGCAGGGGCCCUGUCAGGGAGAUUCUGGGGGCCCGGUGCUGUGCCGUGAAGCUGACGGACACUGGGUUCAAGCUGGGAUCAUCAGUUUCGCAUCAAGCUGCGCCCAGGAAGACACUCCCGUACUGCUGACCGACAUGGCUGCUCACAGCUCCUGGCUGCAGGCUCGCGCUCAGGGGGCAGCCUUCCUGGCCCAGAACCCCGAGGCCCCGGAGAUGAGCGAUGAGGACAGCUGUGUAGCCUGUGGAUCCUUGAAGAGAAGAGGCCCUCAGGCAGGAGCUCCCUCCCCAUGGCCCUGGGACGCCAGGCUGAAGCACCAAGGGAAGCUGGCCUGUGGCGGAGCCCUGGUCUCAGAGGAGGUGGUGCUGACUGCUGCACACUGCUUCAUCGGGCGCCAGGCCCCAGAGGAAUGGACUGUAGGCCUGGGGGCCAGAUCGGAGGAGCGGGGCCUGAGGCAAGUCAUCCUGCAUGGGGCCUAUACCCACCCGGAGGGGGGCUACGACGUGGCCCUCCUGCUGCUGGCCCAGCCCGUGACACUGGGCCCCAGCCUGCGGCCCCUCUGCCUGCCCUACGCUGACCACCGCCUGCCUGAUGGGGAACACGGCUGGGUCCUGGGGUUGGCCCACCAGGGAGCAGACACUGGCUCCCCUCAGACAGUGCCUGUGACCCUCCUGGGGCCCAGGGCCUGCAGCCGCCUGCACGCCACCCUCGGGGGUGACACCGUCCCCAUUCUGCCCGGGAUGGUGUGUACCAGUGUUGUGGGCGAGCCGCCCGGCUGUGAGGGCCUGUCGGGGGCACCGCUGGUACACGAGGUGAGGGACAGGUGGUUCCUGGCUGGGCUGCACAGCUUCGGAGACGCCUGCCAAGGCCCCACGAGUCCCGCCGCCGUCUUUGCGGCGCUCCCCACCUAUGAGAACUGGGUCAGCAGUCUGGACUGGCAGGUCUACUUCGCAGAGGAGCCGGAGCCUGAGGCCGAGCCCGGAAGCUGCCCUGCUAACAUGAGUAUGUGGCCCCGGAGCCUCCUACCCCACCUGCCUCUCUGGACCCCUUCUCUCGCAAUCUGGGGCAGGAUCUGUGGGUGGGGUGGAGCAGCCACAGACCCAGGUGGCUUCCGAUUCCGGCUCUUGGUCAUUGUUUAACUUGGAGCCGGCCUCGCGACUGCUCCGACCUCCCUUUUCUCAUCUGCCAUGCGGGGCCGAGGAGCACCUCCUUCCUCCUCCUCGGAGGGAGGGACGGAGGGAAGCUGGGAGGCCGCCGCCAAGCCCACCCUCCUCCCUCUCCCCGACAGGCCAACCAGCCGGCUGUUGACAGGUGGCCCUGGGAGGCCGCGGUUCCCACGCCACUGCCCCUGCUCCCCUCCCAUCCCUUCCUCAACUCCGACUGGCGACAGUGCAGUGGGCUCUGGGAAGGAGCCUGCCCCCGCCCCCACGCCCCGGGAGGUGUGGCCUGUGGCUGCUCCCCCACACCCAGCUCUGUGGCCCCGACGCAUGCGUCCUCAGCUUUCCCUCGUCUUCAUCCCUUCCGAUAUGAUCACACCAGCCGCGUACUUUGAAAAUUUCAUUUUUUUGC